AUGUCGCUGCCUACUCCGACGCUCUGGAUCGACGCUAGCGGCACUGGGCUCGGUAGUCGGUGGCACGCGCUGCUGCAGGCUCUCGAGUGGGCGGCUCUGCAGCGCGAUAGCCGCGUCGUCCUGUCUGAGGUCGGGGAGAAGGGCGUGCCCUACCUGGCGCGGCGAGGCUGCGCCGUCUCCUCAGAACGCUGCUUCUUCCAGGACCUCGACACCUGCGACUCCGUCACCGCGUGCUCGGCCACGCGGGUCGUCGGCACCGUCGGCUGGGGCUUCCCUCAGAACGUGACGCGGCAGCGCAUGGGUCGGCGACGGUGGAAGGCGGUCUGGGAGGCGCCUGUGCCCGCCGUCUUCAAGGGCCGCCGCAGCCUGCUGUGGUGGCAGUCGCAGCUCGCCCUUUUCGCGCUACAGCCAGCGCCCUCGACGCUGGCCAUGCUCGACGCCGAGUGGGUGCGGGGGCGCGGCCGGACGGGCAACAAGCCGGCGAGGAGGCGGCGCUACCGGAGCUGGGAAGAGCUCCACCCGUACGUCAGCAUGCACGUGCGGUGGGGCGACAAGUGCUGGAGGGAGGCGACCUGCCGCAGCGCACGGGACUACGCGAAGGCGGCCGAAUCGCUGCGGAGGCGGUUUUCGGCGGGCAAACGGUUCGGCCAGGCCCUCAAGGCAAACCUGCCCGCCUUUGACGCGGGGAAGGCUGCGGCGGACCUCGCGGCGCACAGCAAGCCACAGAGCAGCCUGCGGUGGCCUGGGGAGUCCCCGCGGCCGCAGGCGCAGCCGCCCGGCGAGGCGGAGGCUGGCCCGAGCGAGGCGACCAGGCAGCUCGCCGCGCUCAACGUCUCGUCGCAGUCGAUCGUCAACCUGCUCGUCUCCGCCGCAGCAGACUACAUCGUGUGCACCACCUCGUCCAACUGGUGCCGCGUCGUCGUCAAGCUGGGGGACACGACAGGCUCGCAGCGCGGUGCACGGUGGAAUCCCAACUCCACUGGCGGUCUCAUCUCAGUCUAG